AUGGACACACUGCCCAAUGAGCAGCUCAAGCAGGGCAUGCUGGCGUCUGGUAUCACCCAUCAAGGCCCCGAUUCACAUCUACGGAGGGAAAUCGAUCAGCGCUUCGCGGGUGAAUCACCCUUUGUCCAGCGUAAACAAAACAACAAACUGUUUGUAUCGUCUUGGACUCGUCUGCUAGGCGUAGCAUUCACCUCGUUGGCAGCAGCGUAUUUUUUGCUGCUUUGCUUUCGCUUAAUAGAGUCUGCGCGUCAGUGGGCCCCGCCCACUAGGUCUCUCGCAGCUCGUCGAGAUGAAUCGUGCGAUUCAGGCAGUGUGUCUGGGGAUGGCGAUGAAGGUGGCAGUGGGCUGACGGGGCAUUCGGCAGAAGAUAUAGAGCUGGAGGGUUUUGGGGAAGGCAGCCUUUUGCUGCAUCAUGAGGCUUUUGAAUUGCAAGGCCUUGCCGAUGGAACACAAGAAGUAGUUGCUGCUGGAUUACAAGGCGCUGCUGGAAGCUCCCAAGUAGAAGUAGAUUUAGAGGCAGAAGCGGACGAGGAGAUUUGGGAAUACGGUAGUGGCGUUGCUUCCAACCCACAAAGACCAUUCAGGGCAUACGACCUGGACUUGUGGGAAGGCCGGAACAUGCCUAUGGAAGAAGAACAACGCUUAAUAUGUCUCUUUCAGCGCAUGAAAGAGGCUGCGAGUUCAUGCCGAUCGUUGUUGCCAGUGUUGACGCACAAGCAGCGUUUGCAGUUGACAAACCAAGUGUUGAGGCUGCUUACCCUCGAUUUGGGAGCCAUUUACCUAGUUAAAGAGGAUAUAGAGCCUUAUAGAAAGGCCGUAGGCGACUCUCUCAUUGAGUUGGCACAGCACGUACUCGGUCGGAAUGACGAAGGUGACGAGGACCUUCGCGCCCACCUCAAGGACCUUACAGUUUUAAUUGAGAGGAUAAAAGAGCCACGGCGCCUUGAGAAAGAGAUGAGCGCUGAUAAAUACAAAAGGAAGAUGAUAAGCAUAAUCGGAACUGCGGAAAUCGUAAUGAAGAACUGUCUGGGCGUUUUGAAGGGGCUGCUACGGCUAAGGACAGAUACGUCGGAGAAGAGGCUUCCAUCGAAAGUAGUCGAGCAGCAGCUGAGCGUUUUAAAAACGGUUUACCAUACGCACUCUUACUAUGUCGCGAAAGACGGCACACUUCGUCUACACAUUUUAGAAUCCCAGAAGUCGACAGCCGUGUUUUCGCUUUUAGGCACCCAGCAUUUCAGCGUAUUUCAAGGCGUGAUUGCUCCGCUGAAAGACUUACAGAACGAGAUAGAUGAGGCUGUAAGAGCUGCUGGCGGUCUUCUGCCGUCCCAAGAGCCAGAGACCGGGGAGCGUGGUAGUGCUAGCAACACAAUGGAAGAAGGGACUGCAGAAAGGGUGGGUCAGCAGGAGCGAAAAAGUAAACCACAGAGCCGCAAGCUGCCUCGUAAAAGGUUCGCUCAAUCAGCACAGCCUCCAUCCAGUACUGUGACCCCUGCACCGCACACAGAAGACGGCGCGCAGCGUUCGCCGCCAGUUCCGUGGCUACCUGCGUGGUCAUUUCAACGAGAUGCUGGGUCGCUUUUGCAACAGCACCUAUUAAUCUUCAACGAACAUCUUCAAACCCAUUCACCACAUUUCCUGUAUCCACACGCCGUCCUGCCGACGGCUGGUCCGUCGAUGUUUGGGUCGCAAGCACAAGGAGGGGAAGCUUCUUACGGGCACCCAUGUUCUCCUUGGCCAUGCACUUCCCUGCCAAGCUCCUCGUAUCUGUCGACUACGCAGCAUCCUGCAAAUCCGCGUGGUAGCAGCUUACUGCAAGAACAUGCUUCUGCUUCCCGUGGUGCUAGAGCGUACUUUUCUGGUGGCAGUUCUGGAGCGCAUUUGAUGCCCGCUACUCCGCUGCCACCGAUGAAUGUAGGCGAACCCUCAGAGUGGGUGCGGCCACCUGCGCCCAUUCAAGAAGGGGGUUACAGUCUUUUUGGAGGUGGCGGCAUACCUCCGUGGUUCCCUUUUCCACACGCGACGCCUGCCUCUUUUGAGAGACGCGCCACUGCAAGCGACGGGUGGCCGCGUCCAGAGGAAGAGGGCGCCCAUAGGCUUAUAACGGACGAUGAAUACGAAGCAAGACGUAGCAUUCCUCGUGACCGUACUCAAGGCGGCCGUCAAUGA